UACGAAUCUCAUGUCAAGGUGAAAACAUCUGAGUACGAAUGUAAGGUUGCUAAGGAAAAAGAUAAACAAAAAUGGCGGCCGACAAACUCACAAUUCAUCUUACAGAAUAAACAAAAACAAAGAAAAUGCCGAAGAAAGGCAAAAAGGGGAAGAAGGGAAAGAAGGGAAAGAAGGGAAAGAAGGGAGCAAAAUCAGGCAAGAAGGCAGAAUCAGUGGUGAGGAUUGCGGCAGCAAACUCUAAAGUAUGGGAGGCCCGACUGGAAAUUGCCGAGAAGUCAAAACAGGAAUACAGGGACAAUGCUAAGCAGCUGAUGAUUGAAAAUGAUGGGCUGCAGAAGCAGAUGCUCCAGACAGAGAGGGACACCAUAGAUGUCAUCACAUUCCUCAAGAAAGAAGAUGCCGUUAAAGACAAUCAUUUGGAGAGACUGCAGCAGCAGAUCCGAGACCAGAGGAAGGAGCAUCGCAAGGAGAAGGAGCAGAUUGUGGAGGACUUUAGCAAGACAAUCAAUGACCUGGAGGAAAAGUUGACAGACCGGACCAAGGAGGUCGAGGUCAUGCAGAGUGAGCUCAAGAUGGUGAAGGAGUUCAGGAGAAAACGGGGACAGAUGCAGAAGGACUUGGAGGAGAUAAAGGAGUCCAUGUACAAUGCAAACAGAGAGCACAAGGCCACACUGUCUAGGAUGGAACAAAAAUUCUUCGAAGAAAAGAUGAGACUUCAACAAGAGGCAAACCAGAAAAUUGCUGAGCUAGCAGAAAGAGCGCAUACUGAAGCCAUCUCGAACCUAGACGAGACCACCAAGUCUGUGUACAAGGAGAAUGUGCGCCUGUCAGAGGCCCUCAGCUACCACAUGAAGGAGGGAGAGAUGCUGAAGAAGCUGAAAGAGAGGCUGGAGGAGGAGAAUCUGAACCUGAAGGGCGACAAGGAGAUCAACGACAUGAUGGUGCAGGAGAAGGUCGCACAGACCAAGAACCUCAAACAACAGAUACGCGAGACAACAGAGAAAAUCUCAACCUUGGAGCACUCCCUGAGUCACAUGUCCCGGGAGUUCAACACAGAGAAAAGGGCAAUAACCGAGAAGUACCGAAUAGAGGCAGAGGCCUCGAAAAUUGAACUUGCCAAAUUGCAGAGGGUUAUCGAGUUGAAAACAAAGGAAAUGAACAAAGUUAAAAGACUUGCAAAAAAUAUUCUGGACCAGAGGACAGAGCUAGAGAGAUUCUUCUUGGAAGCCUUGGAUCACGUGAAACGGGAAAUCGCUGCCAAUCAAGAGCAGUACCGGCGCGAUGCCCAGAAGGCCUACCAGGAGAGGAUGCUUGCUGCGCACACGGGAAAGGGAGACUACCCAAAGAUUCGCACGUUUAACAAGGCCGAGAACAGCACAAACAGCGUGUUCAAGGACCUAGAGGCUGCUGAGAAACUAUAUGACAGUGGCAAAGUGGACAUCAGUGAUCUAACGUGGGAACAGAAGGAGAGAGUGUUGCGCUACCUCUUUGCACGGAUGAACGGCGGAAACUCUGGGGAAAGAAAGAAGGCCUCAUCUGCCCCCACCCUGCCUGCUAUAGAACAGUCACGACAUCGGCUCAGUCUGGCACACUCCCAGGAUGAUACAGACAUACACAAGGAGGAUGACAAGCCAGACAGCACGUUCCUCACCCAGGCCCAGAUGGAGGUGCCCGAACCCAGCCAGGCAUGGCCGGACCCAGCACCAGUCUCUACUUGACCUGACCAACUAAACUGAGUCAUGUCUUCUUGCUUUAUAUUACAUGUAGGAUUAGUACUGUCAGAGGAUGUGAACAUUAAUUUUACAAAAAUGCUUUUUUUCAAUAAAAUUUCAUGAUUUAA